UAAAUUAAGUAAAUGAUGUAAUACACAGAACGGAUGCUGCUUCUGUUAGAUUGGAUAAUUCGUGCACAACUUUUAAAUAAUAACGAGAAUUUUCUUUACUGCAGAUGGCUUGUCCGUAUAACAUCACAAGCACUAAUUCUGAAGAAGUUACGUAUACCUCGCAUCUCAAGCUUGAUACCCUUCUUAGUUUAAACCAACCUUUGUCUGAUGCCCACGAUGAGUAUUGUUUUGUAACAACCCAUCAAGUUUACGAGUUAUGGUUUAGACAAAUCAUACGCGAAUUGGAUUCAAUCAGAGAAAUAUUACCUGUUUUGCACGUCGAAAAAGAAAAGCAGUUGCUAGCAAUUUCAAGACUUGAAAGAAUAAAAAAAAUAUGGAAGUUGCUGGUGGAGCAGUUUGAUAUUAUGGAAACAAUUACGCCGAUGGAUUUUGCAAGUUUUAGAGGCCACCUAAAGUCAUCCUCUGGUUUUCAAAGUUAUCAAUUCCGUAUAAUUGAAAACAAGUUUGGGGUUCGAGGGGAAAAUCGAAUUAGACACAACCAAGCCUCAUACAGCUCUGUGUUCAAAGACGAUCAACUUCAACUAGUCAAACAAUCCGAACAAGAUCUCUCUUGCUUUGAUUUGAUUGAGACAUGGUUGGAAAACUUGUGUUCGCUGAUUUCCAAUGCCUUCAAUUUUUGGCAAAUGUUUACAGAAAACUGUCGAAAAUGGCUCAGCGAAGAAAGAAAGUCAGCAGAGAAAGUGCAAAAUCCCAAUGGGAAAGAUGCUCUUUUGGAUCAGUGCUGUCAAAAUGAGACACAUUUUGAAGGUAUAUUAGAAGAAAGCAAAUACGAAAUUUUAAGGUCAAAAGGUAAUCGCUAUUUAUCAUGGAAAGCAUUACAAGGAGCUUUAAUGAUUUACUAUUAUCGCGAUGAGAUUAUCCUUCACGAGGCGUAUCAACUGAUUUCGUUAUUAAUGGAUAUUGACGAUCUGAUGAUCAAAUGGAGAUGUAGCCACAUAUUGCUGGUUCACCGCCAGUUGGGCUCAAAAACUGGUACAUAUGGCACAUCUGGAUAUCAAUACCUUCGAGCGACAUUUAGUGACAGAUACAAAGUCUUCCUGGAUUUUUUCAAUUUGUCAAGUUACUUAAUUCCAAGCGAAUAUAUUCCAAAGAUAGAUAAAGAAACUAGACGAAGCACCCUCGAAGCCUACAUGUCAAACUGAUGUGAACGAACGUUGAUGUCUUCUUAAUAAUCUUGACAAACCUUAUCUGAUUUAACUGUAGUGUUAAGAAACAAUAAAUCUGUGAAUUUUAAAUACUUUAAUGGCUUCAGGUAACAACAUUCAAAAUAUCCUAAUUUAUUUCAUCAAAGGUCUUGAUCCAAGGUGUAAUAACAUUGAUGGUAUUGAGAAGUCUAAAAGGAACUGAAAACCAGAGCAAAUAGUAAAGUGCCCACAGCAAAUAUGCCUUAAACUUUAAAUGCCGACAUAUUGACACUUUCAGAAUGAUAGAACAAACCAAUACAAGCACAGGUCUUAAAAGAAAUUUGGGACACAAGUUCAACAAUACAAAUAAUGACAUCAUACGCAUAGUCAGCAAAAUAGCAAAUUCUGGUCCUGGUAGUGCCAAAACUCUGGUCUGCAUUAUAUACACUUACUAGUAUGUGGUAGUAACGUAUGCCUAAUUAGGUGCGGAUAUUGCUUGACAAAUCUUUAUUCUAAAUUUUUAAGCCAAAAUGUUUUUUUUGCACCUAAAUAUCGUGUGCCACAGAGACUAUAUACGCGACUAGUUCUCUCAACUCUUAUGUGUGGAUUUGACCACAGGAAGAAGUUACCGAUAAACGCAGCAGAGUAUCACUCUCUAAUGGAGUAUUUAAUUGGUUAGUUUUGUGUGGCCUGGAAAGCCAUACCCCAAUUAUGGGAUAUGAGGUCACGUUUCCUUUAAUUACGAAAUGGAUUACGAACGAACAACAAACGAACACGGGAUGUUUUUAUUGAAAUAUUUUUAUCAAUCAGAGAGUUGUGAAUUACAAUAUCACUAAACAGGUGUAUAUGUCUGCAACAGUUCUUUGUAAAUGCAUUCCUAGAUAAAUUUUGGACAAGAUCACAGAGAAUAAAAAUCACCAGUUUUGUCAUUUACUUACAAUUAACAAUACGGAAAAAAUGAAUUUAAUAGUACUUUACUUUUUCUUUGACUUAAAAAUUUAUAAUAUCUUCCAGUUUAGCAAAUCUUUCAUUUUUCCUAUAGUUUUUUGAGUAUUCAACAAAAUGAUAAGACAAACCUCAGUUUCAAGCCUUGUUAGGAUCAAUAAAAUUAAGGUAAUAACGAACCAGUGAUAGGUGGCUUGUUUUUGUUACACACUCAGUCCAAGCAAGAUACGUAACCUAAUCCUACACUGCAUAAGGUGUUGGAAAUGUGAUACACAUUCGCAAAGAUUCUUCCGUCUUUGAUGGUAUGCUUUCACCAGGUCGAAACAGUUUAACUGGAUAGCAUGAUUUACCAGUCUCUUUAACAGUAGUCUAGACGAAUAAUAUAAUCUGUGACCCAUAACAUUAAUAUUAUAUGAUACUAGGGGUGAGGGUUGUUGAAACUGGGGUCUAACUUUUUU